UAGAUAGUGACAGUAGUGUUAGAUAGUGACAGUAAUGUUAGAUAGUGACAGUAGUGUUAGAUAGUGACAGUAGUGUUAGAUAGUGACAGUAGUGUUAGAUAGUGACAGUAGUGUUUUUGUGUUAGAUAGAGACAGUAAUGUUAGAUAGUGACAGUAAUGUUAGAUAGUGACAGUAGUGUUAGAUAGUGACAGUAAUGUUAGAUAGUGACAGUAGUGUUAGAUAGUGACAGUAGUGUUAGAUAGUGACAGUGGUGUUAGAUAGUGACAGUGGUGUUAGAUAGUGACAGUAGUGUUUUUGUGUUAGAUAGUGACAGUAGUGUUAGAUAGUGACAGUAGUGUUAGAUAGUGACAGUAGUGUUAGAUAGUGACAGUAGUGUUAGAUAGUGACAGUAGUGUUAGAUAGUGACAGUGGUGUUAGAUAGUGACAGUAGUGUUUUUGUGUUAGAUAGUGACAGUAGUGUUAGAUAGUGACAGUAGUGUUAGAUAGUGACAGUAGUGUUAGAUAGUGACAGUAGUGUUAGAUAGUGACAGUAGUGUUUUGGUGUUAGAUAGUGACAGUAGUGUUAGAUAGUGACAGUAGUGUUUUGGUGUUAGAUAAUGACCGUAGUCUUUUUGUUUUAGGUGGUGACUGUCGCAGUCUACAGUUUCUUCCUGGUGUGUCUGAUUGGUCGACAGUCUUAGACCCCGCCCAGGGCUACGCUGGUAACGACAUCGACUUAUACCUGCCUGUCUUCACCCUGCUACAGUUCUUCUUCUACAUGGGCUGGCUCAAGGUGGCAGAACAAAUGAUAAAUCCAUUUGGGGAAGACGAUGAGGACUUUGAAGCCAACUAUCUCCAGAUCAAGGAGCAUGAGGAGACCAACCACUCCUCUCCUGGGGAGGGGGGGUCUGAGUCGCCUCCUGGGGGUUCAUUCCCCAGUCUUCCCCCACUCCUCCAGCGUCUCACUGCUCUGCCGCGCCCCGGUGCUUCGUUCAGCCGCUUCCCCCCUCUUCCUGCACAUCGAGGGGGCCACCUUCAUGCCGGGCCCCAUCCACGUCACGACUCCAGCCACCUUGACUACAUCUUCUCCUCCAUGCCGCUAUACGAGAGGUCUGGCUUCUACAGCUGCCCCCAGACCCCCAUCCACUGUGUUCCCCCCAGCCAUGUUCCCCCAGCCCCCAUCCACUGUGUUCCCCCUCCGAUGGAGCUCACACCUGGGAUUGCAGCACCAGCUCCCUGGCCCCUCUGAUGGUGGGCUCUGGAGGUCUGCUACCCCCGGGUCAUACACCCCCUCUGCCUUCCCCUGGCUGAGUUAGGAGGGAGAGGGUCCUUGUCUUCCGGCCUUCUCCUUCCCUGACCCUGGCAACCCUCCGGAACUCUGCCCCAUAUCGAAGCUCCGGCCCGGGCAGGGCCUGAUGUCUCGACAGAUAACACACAGUCACCCAAAGGCCUAUAGCCUGGAGCCCUCAGCCCCUAGGGAGGUGGCGGGGAGAGAGUGUUCUCCUUUAACCCCCCCUCUCGCACCCCAGCUCACAAUCCCAACAACAGCUCCUCUAGUAUUAAUGCACCCCAGCACUAUCAGCACCACCAACCCCAACACCACUACUCCAGCCAACUUCUGCAAUGGUACCAGCCACAACAACUUUUGUAACCAUGCCAAUUUCAACAGCAGCAGUACUCAAGGAGCAGGUAGCAACAGUGGCACCAAUGGAGGACUGAGAAACAACUUCAACAACAUCUCCACCUCCACUUCCAUGUCCUCUAACCAAUCAGCCAUUCAGCAUCCAAACUCGCCCAAUGAUUCAGAGAUUUCAUUGGCUAAGGGGGAUCCUCACUGGUUGGGAGCUCUGGUGGUGGAUAGUGGGAUGAACAAGGCUCCUGGGAGGUGGGUACAAAACUGAGGAAGGAGAGAGAUGAUUGGACAAAGC